UCAGCUGCUCUUUCGCGCGGUUUAAAUGACUAUAAAUAUUAAGAAAAACACUCGAUUACAAUUUUGUUAUUUUUGUUUACAAACUUAAUUAUCAUGGAUUUAAGUAGUUUCCUAAAUAACUGUUCCAAAGAUUGUUUAUUCAAAUCAGAUGUACCAGAAGCCACUAAAAAACAACCAUGUAUGCUUGGUAUUGAUGAAGCUGGACGAGGACCUGUGCUCGGGCCUAUGGUUUAUGGAAUUGCAUACUUUCCUAUUGAUGUUAAGGCCAAGAUGGAGAAACAAGAUUUUGCAGAUUCUAAAAGUUUAACUGAAAACAAAAGAGAGGAAAUAUUCAAUAGAAUUUGCGCUGGUAAAAUUGAUAAUUUCGGCUGGAUGACAAAUGUUUUAUCUCCUGUCACGAUUAGCAACUCAAUGUUUAGAAGAACUAAAUACAAUCUCAACGCACUAUCGCAUGACACUGCCAUGGGACUUAUUCAAAAUGCAAUUGACGAAGGAGUCAAUGUAGAAGAAGUGUAUGUCGAUACCGUUGGUCCUGAGGCCAAAUAUAAAGACAAAUUGAGUGCACGAUUUCCAGCAAUCAAGUUUACAGUUGCUCAAAAGGCUGAUUCAAAAUAUUCCGUCGUGAGUGCUGCUAGUAUUUGUGCUAAAGUUAUCAGAGACAGAAUCAUUGCUAAUUGGAGAUUCUUAGAGGAUGUUAAAAAUCCUGAAGACUAUGGAUCUGGUUAUCCAGGAGAUCCUAAGACCAAAGCCUUUCUGCAAAAUAAUUUGGAUCCUGUAUUUGGCUUUCCAUCCUUUGUACGUUUUAGCUGGUCUACUGCCAACGAAAUUUUGGAAUCAAAAGCAAUUGAAUGUGAAUGGGAGGAAAUAGACAAUAAGCCUGCGAAUAAUAAAAACAUGAAUCAAUUUUUUGACUCUAAGAAACAAGCAUCAUUCUUUAAAAAUCGUUGUCUUCAUCGAGUAACUGAUUUAUCUAAAAUUUAAUGUUGAUUUGAAGACCAUAAUAAAGACUUUCUAAUUUUUUA